GACGCAAUGAAAUUGACGUUCACACACAUUCACAGACAUCAACCACGACUUCCCCAACUAAAAGAACUGCCGCCGUAUCCCCUGCCUCCGUAGACUUGUCCAGACGAAGCGAGAAACACGUGUGUAAAGGGGACACUCCAUUUAUUUACGAUACCUUCUACCUAUCAAUAAUGGCUAGAAGUUCCAAAGGCAAAGCUGCCAAGAGAGUCAAGAAGGGCAGAAUUCCACGUUAUGCACCAAAGCUUGAAAAACAGUUACUAUCAAUUGUCAAAAAAGCUGAGGAGAACAAUGCACUCCCAAAAGUCGUCGGAAGAAUUCCAAAAGUUGAACUCCUUGAGCCAAAGGAGGAGAAGGAUGCAGACAAGGUUGAAACCAUGGACACAAACCAGUCAGAGGGUGAAAUUAAGGUUAAGGAGGAAGUAAUGAGUGACAAUGGAAGCAUCAUGGGCAUCGACAAGGCACAGAAGGCCGGCUUCAGGAAGCUUUUCACAGUCAGGCAGAUGAGAAAGAGGAAAAUAAACAAAAACAAAGCUAAGAGGCUGAAGGUGGUGAACAAUGCCACAAAAUGUUUGGUGUAUGUGAGCAAGAAGAAGAAAAGGUGAAGUGCAUCUUCAUUCUGGGUUUACACUUUCAUACAUCUGUUGCUCACAAUUUCAUGAAACUAGGCGUUUGUCAUAAAUAAUCAUAUUCUUAGAAUAAAAUCAUUAAAUGUA